GAAGGACAGUGUAUAAGAGGGAUUGGAAGGGGUGGGGCAUCUCAGGAACAAGAUGUCAGGAGAGGAUGACUUUUAUCUGUUCAAGAACACUUCCUCUGUGGGGCCCUGGGAUGGACCUCAGUACCACAUUGCCCCCGUCUGGGCCUUCCAACUCCAGGCAGCCUUCAUGGGUUUUGUCUUCUUUGCAGGGACACCACUCAACGCCAUAGUGCUGGUGGCUACGUUAUAUUAUAAAAAGCUGCGACAGCCACUCAACUACAUUCUGGUCAAUGUGUCCCUGGGGGGCUUUCUCUUCUGCAUCUUUUCUGUCUUCACUGUAUUCAUCGCCAGCUGUCAUGGAUACUUCUUCUUUGGUCCCCAUGUUUGCGCUAUGGAGGCCUUCCUGGGAUCUGUAGCAGGUCUGGUCACAGGCUGGUCACUGGCUUUCCUGGCCUUCGAGCGCUACAUUGUCAUCUGUAAGCCCUUUGGCAACUUCCGCUUCAACUCCAGGCAUGCACUGAUAGUGGUCUUGGCUACCUGGACCAUUGGUAUUGGCGUCUCCAUUCCACCAUUCUUUGGCUGGAGCCGGUUUAUCCCUGAGGGUCUGCAGUGCUCCUGUGGCCCUGACUGGUACACCGUGGGCACCAAAUAUCACAGCGAGUACUACACCUGGUUCCUCUUCAUCUUCUGCUUCAUCGUGCCGCUCUCCUUAAUCUGCUUCUCUUACUCUCAGCUGCUGAGGACUCUCAGAGCUGUGGCAGCCCAGCAGCAGGAGUCAGCUACAACUCAGAAGGCUGAGCGGGAGGUGAGCCGCAUGGUGGUGGUGAUGGUGGGAUCCUUCUGUCUCUGCUAUGUGCCCUAUGCUUCCCUGGCCAUGUACAUGGUCAACAACCGUAAUCAUGGGCUGGACUUACGGCUUGUCACCAUCCCUGCCUUCUUCUCCAAGAGCUCAUGUGUCUACAAUCCCAUCAUCUACUGCUUCAUGAAUAAGCAGUUUCGAGCUUGCAUCAUGGAGAUGGUGUGUAGGAAGCCUAUGAUAGAAGAAUCUGAGAUGUCUAGCUCCCAGAAAACAGAAGUUUCAACCAUCCCUUCUAGCAAAGUUGGCCCCAACUAA